CCGUGUAAGUGGUAAUACCCAAGAUUACUUGGUUACCCCAGUUCUGCCCUCAUUCUACGCAAUCGUAGGUGAUCGUCGAAUAUCCCGUCCGAGGACGAGAGAGACAUAAUGGAUGCUUUCUCGAAUAGAGAGAGCGCAUGUGUGUGUGUGUGUGAAUGUUGAAAAUCAAAAACGAUCUAAUAGAGACUAAUACCCGGUAACUAGGUGUGAACGAAAGCGAAGGAAAGAAUGGGGAAAAAGAGUUGCUAGCCUAUAUGAGUCUAUACACUCCAUUCUGAAUUCUAUGCGCCGAAGCAGCAGCGGAGUUCUAGAGGGUCUUAGCAUACGGAGAUCGUUCUCCCGCCAGUCAAGCUGGAUCCUCGAUUUACCUCCAAUACGACUAUACCUACUUACCGGCCAGGGGUAUACUUACAUUUCCGUAACGGAGCCGACGCCAGUCAUAUAAGCCGCGAUGUUGGGCUUGUCACGAAAUCCGACGACCUGAGGGCCAUAGCUUGUCGGACGUCCUUGACAACUGACUAAUAGUCAAGAUGCGGCCCUCUAUUUCGCUUUGUCUGUUACUCUCAGAGACUAUAGCAUUUGCUAGGGGUCUGAGCAGCGAUGGAGAGCCGGUCUACAAAGACGCGAGCGCUUCGGUCGAGGAUCGGGUCACGGACCUGUUGUCGCGCAUGACCAUCGAGGACAAGACGGCCCAGUUGGUCCAAGGGGACUUGAGGAAUUGGAUCGACAUCGAGGACGGUACUCUCAACCAAACUGGCCUCGAAUGGAGCAUGAGAAACCGGGGAGGCUCGUUCUACGUUGGCGUCUCUGUGCCUUGGAAAAUGCUGAGCGACGGGAUCAAGACCGGCCAAGACUAUCUGAUGCAGAACACGACCCUCGGCAUACCCGCCUGGGUCCAGUCUGAAGGCAUACACGGCUUCUUGAUCCCGAACGCCACGAUAUUCAACUCGCCCAUCGCUCACGCUUGCUCCUUCAACCCACCCCUAGUCGAGAAGAUGGCGAGGGUUAUUGCCCAAGAAGCUCGUGCUCUAGGCGUCAACAACAUCUUCGGACCCCUAGCCGAUUUGGCGCGCGAGCUGCGGUUCGGUCGGGUCGAGGAGACCUUCGGCGAGGACGGCUACCUAACCGGCGAGCUCGCAUAUGCGUAUGUGAAAGGUCUACAGUCGGAAAAUGUGACGGCCAUGGUUAAACAUUUCGCUGCUUUCGGGACACCGGAGCAAGGAAUCAACACCGCACCCGUCCACGGAGGCGAGCGAGAGCUACGCACUACGUAUCUUCCCCCAUUCAAGCGUGCCAUAAUCGAUGCUGGCGCCUUGUCGAUCAUGGGGGCUUACCACAGCUACGAUGGCGUCCCGUCUGUCGCUGACAGGCAUAUGCUUACCGAGAUAUUAAGGGAGGAAUGGGGCUACAAGUACUUUGUAAUGAGUGACGCUGGAGCUACAGAUCGUCUCUGUAAGGAUUUCAAGAUGUGCGAGACGAACCCGAUAGAUUCCGAAGCCAUCGUUAACUACGCACUCCCCGCCGGUAACGAUGUCGAGAUGGGCGGAGGAUCGUACAACUUUGAGAAGAUCCCCGAGAUGGUCGAGUCGGGGAAGUUAUCUAUCGAUGUGGUAGACGAGGCUGUCUCUAGACAGCUGCGCGCGAAAUUCGCGGCCGGACUCUUUGAGAACCCCUUUCCCGGUGUCUCCGAGGAGGAACAGUCUAACCACAUCAACACCCCCGAGGCCAUCCAGCUCGCGAGGCAGCUGGACGCAGAGUCCAUCGUCCUCCUGGAGAACCACAAUGACGUGCUCCCGCUGAGUAAAGAUGCGAAUAUUGCCGUCAUCGGGCCGAUGGCUCACGGCUACAUGAACUACGGCGACUACGUCGCCCACCGAUCACAAUACAGAGGUGUCACACCCCUCGACGGCAUCGGGGCGGCGAGCACGGGCAAGAUAACGUACGCCAAGGGCUGCGAGCGCUGGUCCAACGACCAGUCCGGCUUCGCGGAGGCCGUCGCGGCGGCAGAGAGCGCCGACGUUGCGGUUGUGGUCGUGGGCACCUGGUCGCGCGACCAGGACGAGCUGUGGGCCGGGCUCAACGCGACGACGGGCGAGCACGUCGACGUGCACAGCCUGAACCUCGUGGGCGCGAUGCCGCACCUCGUGCGCGCCAUCAUCGCCACCGGAAAGCCGACUGUCGUGGUCCUCAGCUCCGGCAAGCCCGUGACGGAGCCGUGGAUCUCCGCGUCGGCCGCCGCGCUCGUCCAGCAGUUCUACCCCUCGGAGCAGGGCGGCCAUGCCCUCGCCGACGUACUCUUCGGCGACGCCAACCCGGCCGGCCGCCUGUCCGUCUCGUUCCCCUACGACGUCGGCACCACCCCCAUCUACUACGACUACCUCAACUCGGCGCGCGCGUACCCCGACCCCGGGGCUGUCGGCGAGGACGGGUCGCUCAAGUUCGGGCACAACUACGUGCUCCAGAGCCCGCUUCCGCUCUACGAGUUCGGCUACGGCAAGUCCUACAGCACCUUCACAUACUCCAACGUGCGGCUCUCGCGCGCCACGGCCGCCGCCAGCGACGUCGUGACGGUGUCGGUGGACGUGACCAACGGCUCGCCGCGCGACGGCGCCGAGGUCGUGCAGGUGUACGUCGAGGACGCCGUCGCCAGCGUCGCGGUGCCCAACCGCCAGCUCCGGGGCUUCGCGAAGCCGUUCGUCCGCGCCGGCGAGACCGCCGCGGUGAGCGUCGACCUCGCCGUCGCCGACCUCGGCCUCUGGGACAUCCGCAUGCGCUACGUCGUCGAGCCCGGCGACUUCGUCGUGCACGUCGGUGCCUCGAGCAGGGAUAUCCGGGGCAAUGCUACGUUGACUGUCGUCGCUUAGCGUUGAACGUGUGUUUAUCAAGGAAAUAUGUGUACUAUGAAAGUAAAUGCUAUUAGGUGCUCCCGUCCUUGACGUUUUAUCCCUCCUAUCUUCCCUAUUGUGCUCUUACACCUCAACGCGCGCCCAACCCAGUGUUCUCACGAUGAUCCUCUCCCAAGGCUUCGUAGAUAACGCACAAACCCCUGAAGCCGCGUCUGGCCACCAAGUAGAAGACAGCACUGUAGCAUAGGUACUC